GUGUGUCGCGUAGAAGUUUCGAUCAAAGCCCAAUAACACAACAAGGAAGAAGAGCAAUAGGAUUCAUUAAUUAUUUAGGCCCAAUAAUAAUAUUAUUAAUUCAUUUGCUUGAAAAUUCACAGAGGCGAAGAAAUUAUUGUGAAUGAUCCGUAGGAGGGAAACUCUCUCUGCCAAUCUGCUUAUUUUCCGGCAUUUUCUCCAGACGAAGUCCGAGCAUGUCGUCGGAGGAGAAGAAGGGAAAAUGAGGCUGUAUAAGAGCAGAGGUCAGCAUCUUCUGACCAACCCUCGAGUGCUGGACUCAAUCGUCCGAGUGUCCGACAUAAAAUCCGACGAUACCGUGCUGGAAAUCGGGCCGGGCACCGGGAAUCUCACGAUUAAGCUGCUUGAAUUAGCCAACAAUGUCGUCGCAGUCGAGAUCGAUAAUCGGAUGGUUGAUAGUCUGCGGAAACGCGCCGCCGCCGCAGGUGUCCAGGAACGCCUGAACAUCAUCAAUGGUGAUGCAUUGAAGACUGAGUUUCCACAAUUCAAUCUUGUUGUGGCCAACAUUCCUUACAACAUAUCCUCACCUCUGUUGGCCAAACUGGUAUACGGGGCAGCUACGAAUCCAUUCAGAAGUGCGACGCUAUUGCUGCAAAAAGAGUUUGCGCAGAGGCUACUAGCAAAGCCAGGCGACUCAGAGUACAACAGACUAGCGAUAAACAUGAAGCUCAUGGCAGAAGUCGAGUUUGUGAUGGACGUGAGCAAGAGGGACUUCGUGCCAUGCCCCAAGGUUGAUUCCUCCGUUGUGAAACUCUAUCCCAAAGCUGAGAUACCGGAUGUGAAUCUUGAGGAAUGGUGGGCAUUCACAAGAACUUGCUUCAACAACAAGAACAAAACGCUAGGUGCAACGUUCAAGCAGAAGAGGAAACUGAUGGAGCUGAUGAAAUUAUGCAGAGUUGAAGGGUUUUGUCAAGAUAGUGAUGAUCUUGAUGGAGAUGAUGAGUGCGAAACUAACGAGGGAAGCUCUCAGCCGCGGCUGGAGGUGGGAGAUGGGAUCAGCUCUUUUAAGGGGAGAAUCGUGGGCAUCUUGGAAUCAGGUGGUUAUGUGGAUAAGAGGCCGGCAAAACUGUCUCACGGUGAUCUUCUGCAUUUAUUGUCUCUGUUUAAUGAUGCUGGCAUAUUUUUUCACGAUCAAGCUAAGGCAAUUGGUAGGUGCAGUGUUGUUGCGGAAGCAGGUUUUGAUGGUCUGCUGUAGCAGUGGCUAGUUCACGAGGAAGAAAAUACUCUAGUGUUCUUUCUGCUGAUUAUGACACGAGCUUUUAGCUUUAGCCUUUAGAAGUUUAAGAUUUUGUAUUGUGCUCAGUAGCUUGCUCUUAAGCUUAUGAGAGUAUGAGUUUUUAGCAAGACAAGUGGUUUUGAUUUGAGCUGAGUUGAUAAAUUAGUUGGUAUAUAGAUUAUGGUUUCCUACUCGUGGAACCUUUGAGGAAAGG